AUGGCAGGGAACAAGAAGAACACCAUGGACCAGACCUACAAACCCACCCCCUCCGCGCCCAUGGUGCGCAUCAUGGUCCUGGAAACCGACGUCCCCCACCCAGACACAUACUCGGAGCGCGGCUCCUUUGGCCAAAUCGUGCACGAGCACUUUGCCAAAGCCGGGCGCGAACACCACCCACCCCUCGGCGUCGAAAUCGACCAGGUCUUCGUCGUAACCGAACAGGGCGGGGAGAUCCCCCCGGUAGACGCCUUCGAAGGGUUCGACGGGCUCCUGAUCACAGGGAGCGUCUACGACGCGCACGCAGACAACGAGUGGAUUCUGUCGCUGCUGGAAUUGUUGCGGAAGCUCUGGAUCACCCGCCCGGAUUUCCGCUUCCUCGGCGUCUGCUUCGGCCACCAGCUCCUUGCGCGCCUUCUCGGCGGGGAUGUCGGGCCUGCGCCGACGCAGGACUGGGAACUCGGGCACUGCAGGAUCACACUCACCCCCGUCGGCCAGCGCCUCUUCCGCACGGAUGACGAUUAUAUCCACCUGCACCAGAUGCACCAGGACCAGGUCCUCUCCCCACCGACAGCUGCAUCUGCAGGGCCCGAGCUGCUCCCCGCCGACGCGGAAAUCGCCGUCUGGGGCCGCAGCGAACAUACGCCCGUGCAGGGGUUGUAUAUCCCAAACAGACUAUUCACGACGCAGGCGCAUUUGGCGUUUGAUGAGGACAUGGUGAAGAGGCAGAUUCAGAUCCGCGUUGAGAGUGGGGGCAUUAAGGAUUUGGAGCAUGCGGAUCGGGCGGCGGAGACGGCGGAUCUGGAGCAUGAUGGGGUGGAGGUUGCCAAGGCGGUCUUACGGAUUUUUGUUUUUGAUGAUAAUGGGCAUGCGUGA